CUUCUUCCUUGUCGACCGCCGCCGCGCGCAACCCCGCCAUUUUGUAUUGAGAUAGCGGAAUCAGCGGAUUUGCGAGGUUACAAGUUUGGCGUCUUCAGUGCAGUGUUGUGAUUUUGCAGUGAAAUCUAGUGGGAGCUUGCAUAUUUUGGAUUCACAAUGGUGCCGCAAACGAAGGUGUUCGUCGGCAGCCUGCCCCAGGGCUCCAAGCCGGAGGACCUGCGGAAGCUCUUCGAGCGUUUCGGCGUCGUCACCGAGUGCGACAUCAUGAACAGAUGCGGGUUCGUCCACAUGCAGACCGAGGAGCAGGCGUCGGCGGCGAUCCGCUCGCUGAACAACAGCACGUUCAACGGCGGCGUGAUCACCGUGGAGCGCGGCCGCAUCAAGGAGCGCGGGCAGCGCGGCGGCGGCCGGGGCGGCGGCGCCCGCGGGGGCAUGCGCGGCGGCGGCGACCGGCGCGGCGGCGGCCCGAUGCGGGGCCCGGGCGGAGGCCGCGACGCGCCGUACUCGCGGCCGCCGAUGCGCGCCGGGCCGCCGCCGCACGGGCCGCCGAUGCGCAACGGCAUGGGCGGCGGCUACGACCGCGGCGCGGACCGCGCGAGCGGCUACGACGACCGGUACAACGGGUACGGCUACGGCGGCGAGGACCGGCGCGGCUUCGCGCUGAUGGAGGGCCGGGCGAGGGACCCGUACGCGGCGGCGGCGCCGAUGUACGACGACCGGCGCGGGUACGCGGCGCCGGCGGAGGAGCUGGCGCCGCUGUACGACGACCGGCGCGCGCCCAUGUACGACGAGCGCGAGCUGAUGGACCGCCGCGCGCCCAUGCGGGGCCCCAUGCCCAUGGCGGCGGGCUACGAGCGCGCCGCGCCGCCGCGCCCCAUGGGCAACGGGGACAUGUUCAGCAGACGAUCACCCAUGAGAGGAGGCCCCUCCGGCCCCGCGGGCUACGAGCGGGAUCCGUAUGCGCAGCAGUACCCCCCGAUGGGACGCGGCGGCGGCGGCGCGGCGCGCGGUCGGGACCUGGGACGGCGCUACUAGCGGCUCUCCAUAGACUUAAGCCGUAGACUAAACGUGACACGAACGAACGACACCCGUAGUUGUCUUCCGGGCGAAUGCGUGCGCUUACGUUGCGGUGCGGUGCGACCGAUCGCGUACUUGUAAAGUAACUGAGAUUAUACGGUAAGGUCGCCUAGAUUAAGUAUCCAUGCAGAUAAUAAAUUAUGUGAAUCACUUUAAAUUUUAAUAAACGAACAUAAUUCUGACGGACAGUUUGAUUUCUCCUGCCGAUGAUAUGAUUUGACAAUAAUAUUUUUGAAAACUCUUUUGGACAAGAUUUGUAUUGAUUAUUAUUAUUAUAAUCUAAGAAAUAAGGUGUUUAUGUUUAAGUUGUACGAUAUUUUACUUUGUAGAUUAAAUUCAUUUUUAAGUAGAA